AUGCAUUUCUAUCAGAGCUUCCUGACCCUCUUGGCCUUCGGAGCCUCUCUCGCAACGGCGCAGGUCCUCGGUGGUGGGGGCCGAGUCCAUGGCCCGGUGUCAUUAGCUUGCCCGCGUCAUUCACAGUGCACCUCCGAUGGAAGCGGAUGUACCGGGUCUCUUUAUGGUGUCGUUGCAGAUCAAUGUACCUAG